AUUUUCACCUUUCGUAAUACCACAAGUAGACGCACCUUAUCAGUGGGAGAGCCACGUAAGCGAGAGACUCGGAACUCUCAUAUUAACACCCACACAUUCGCGUCAUUCACACUCGCGAUCGUCAACUUUUACAUCGAUCAUGUCAAUACUUUCAGAGAAUGGUGUUGCAGACAUUUUUCUUUUUGAUGCUGCAAUCUUGGAAUCACUUGAUUAUACCAAAUGUAAAGGGAGUUAUAAAGGUGGUAUCACACCAGAGAAUCCUGGAGAAAAUUUAAAGAUCCGACCUUUGGCUCUUGGUGACUAUCAUAAUGGUUAUAUGGAACUUCUACAGCAAUUGACUAAAGUUGGAGAAGUGACAAAGGCACAGUUUGAAGACAGAUUCAGCCAGAUGAAGGCCUGCCCUGACACAUACUACAUCAUAGUUAUUGAGAAUCAGACAACAGGACAGGUCAUUGGUUCUGCUACACUAGUCAAGGAACAAAAGUUUAUCCAUGGUGCAUCAGCAAGAGCAAGAGUGGAGGAUGUGGUGGUCAGUGACCUAUACAGAGGCAAACAGCUGGGAAAAAUAUUGCUGGAUGUUGCAGUCUUGCUUAGUAAAGCAGUAAAUAGCUACAAGGUGUCUUUGGAAUGUAAAGAUCAUAUGGUGGAGUUUUAUUCACAGUUUGGCUUCAUUCGUGAAGAAGGACAGAACUUUAUGCAACAACGGUGGUUUGAUUAGGACUUGGAGACAUUUUAUAUAGGAGGUGCUUUGGGGAGCUGCUGGUUGAUAAAUGGAAAACCUUUUGCAUUCAUGCCUUCAGUAUGGCAUGUCUGCAGACUACUGAAAGCAUGAAAGCUUCAUUGGAAAACUUGAUGUAACUUGACAGGGUAUAGCAUGCAAAGUAUAAUUUAUUGGCUGUGGGUUCUAUAUCACUCAGAAGCUUCUACUUUUGUGUCAUGGUGUUGGUAAAGAGAAAAGUAAGAUUUUUUUCAAUCUGUAUCUAAAAGAAAGAACUAAAAGAGAACUGUCGAUACUGUAGUUAUAUUGCAGUUUUUUCCCCUUGGAAAUGCAUGUUUAAAAAUAACGGGGAUUAGAAAUCAUGGCUUUUACCAGAGUUUAUGGUUUUGUGUAAUUUGUUUAAAUAAAUAUGUGAGCCAGAAAAAAAGCAAAGUUCAGUCACAGGUCACUUUUUGCUUUUGCUAAUCCUGUGUUCUUAGAGUUUUGAGAUCAUUCCAUUUAAAAAGCAACAAAAGCUGACUUUGCUAGUGUCUGUGACACUACUGGUGAUCGUUGUCUCAGACUCUACCUCCUGAUAGGUUUCUGCUUUCUUUGACUUGUGUUUCUUCAAAAGUCUCCAAAAAUUAUAAUUUUGUCAUGUUGUUAAUGCCUUUCUUCUGAUUUUUGCUUUGUCAUUAGGAAAACUUUUUCCUAUUCAGAACACAGGGACAGCUCUUUUGUAUACUUUUUUUUAAACAUAAAGUAGCACUAAAGAUUAACAUAUCUUUCAUGUUUGAUGACUGCCUCAUAUGAACAUUUAAUUGAUGGAACUUUCCUUGAAGGAGAUUCCAACCCAUCACCUUUAUUUGACCAUGAUAGAAUUUUGGGGUGUUCUCCCUCUCAUUCUUUUCUUUAAUAAAAUAUAGAAGAGUACUUGUAACAAAUGAUAGAUUCAAAAAAAACAGAAAGUAUUCUUCUGACCUCUGUAUUUGUCUGUUUUAUGGAGCUUUAAAUCUCAGGUUGUCACUAGUGAAAGGUUUGUGUUAGUGUUAAAAAAAAAAGGAUUAAAACCUGAAAAAACAUAUACUUCAAAAAGCCAUGAAGAUACCCAUUCCAUCAGUUUAUUUGCAUUGCUAUCUUGUGUAAAUUGUAAAUGACAAUGAAUGAAACCAAAAGGACAGCUUCCCUCAUAAUAUCCCCCUUUAUUAUAGUUUGCCUGUUUUUCCAUCAAGGGAUGGGAUUUCAUCUCCUUCCCACCCCCCAUCCCCCACAUGCACCACAAUUAAAGCCAUUUAAAAAUAAUGAUGGUGGCUGGACCUUCCGAGUGAUUCUCCCUUUUCCCUCUUUCCCCUCAUAAAAGGACCAUUAUGUUACAGUUAAUAAAUGUCAGUUGUUGUUAGGAUGUUUUUAAUAUGUUAUUAGUGAGCAUCUGUUUCAACCAAGGAUUAUUGGAGUUUAUUUUAAAAGUUGAUUUACCUACUUUUUUAAAAAUUGAAGAUUUCCUCGAAUAACCUAUUAUUAUAAUUUACUCAUGAUGUGCACUCUCAGUUGACAGUGCAGUAGAAAACACACAGCCUGAGGAUGAACAAAGCAUUGUGCUGUAGAGGUAGGCUUAGAGGUAAGAUGUGCUUCCAGUGCCCUCCUUGGCGAAAUGGAAAGAAAUGUGAUGUUCGCUUUGACAGUUCAGAGGACUGUUGACUACUUAACUCAUAAAACAACAGCUGUUAUUGCUAGUAAGGGCAACUUAAAAGACUUUCAAGAGUCUUGUUUUUUUGUGUGUUUUUUUUUUUUACAUGAAGCAAAACCUUUCUUUAAUGUUCAAGAGUGCCAUUUUAAUCUUAUCAAGUGUACGGAUUUUAAGUGCUACCUUUGCAUUAGAGAGUACAUUGAGAUGUCAAGGGAAAUGUUAAAAUAAAACCCAAAAGUUUCUGGCUUAUGGCUCCUAGGCUGGUAUCACAUCAGAAGUAUCUAAUGUGGUUAUAGGGCUGGGGUGAGUCCCAUGAACUGCUCAUCAGCAUUUAGGUCAUUGAUUCUUUCAUCCAGUAAUGGGGAUAAUGCGGCUGAUGUAAUACACAGAAGACAGCAUGAAGCCUGUGAGACUUUAUGACGUACAUAAGUUGUGAAUAUCAGCCCAAAUCUUCAUAGAUUAAAAAAAAUAAAAACCAAAGGAAAAACAAAAUCCUACUGAAUGAGUUAACCUUAAGAACUGUAUUUGUAUAUGUGCUUAUGUUUAUAUACUGUUGUAUGUUUAACCUCAUUUUUAAAAAACUGAAUCUCAUCUUUUCUUCAGUGUCAUUUGCUGUGAAAUAAGGACUUUGAAAGGGUAGUAUAUUAAUGAUAAGUUUAUUCAUCGUGAAUCUUGGCCGUGAUGACAAUCUUGUAAAUAGAGAUAAUAUGCCAUUUGAAAGUCCCAUGUCAAGAAUGAAAAGUGGAAAUGAUAACAGACUGAAACAGUAUGGGGCUCAGUGUUGCUACAUUUAAAGAAAAUAGGCUACAUCUACUCGUGUGUUUGGCUAUCAGACGUAUGUUUAAGAAUGAACACAUUGUGUGCAUAGGUGCACAUUCAUUUAUUUUGACAUUGUCCAUGAUUUAUAUUUGAUAGUGCAAAUGUUGAUAUCUUAAAGGUCUAGAACUAAGUAUGAUGUUCAUGUCAGUCUUUGCUCCUCUAGAUUUGUGCCAUGUUUUGUUUGGGGGUUGAAUGUAUGCCUUCCUAUCCCCUCACCUCUUUCCAGGCAGCUUUGUGGUGCAACACGACACCACUACAGUGACCUGUUCACCACAGCCCAAGACAGAGCUAACUGGUGGUUUUGUCAGUCGCUGCGACUGUCCAGCCGCUUCCCCUGACAACCAGUACCUGAGGACAGGCGUAACCAUUCAUCAUCUGGUACCAGUCAAGGGAUAUUAAUGAACCAAUACAGUGAGGAUUCAGGGCUCGUUUAAGGACCACUGUUCUUUUUCUACAUGUGAUAUCUUUUUACAGUAUCAUCUGCAUUGUCCAUGAUGCAGUCUUAGUUGUUGACUGAGCAUACAUAAAACACCAGUUAAUUCCCCUCCCCAUCCAAUACCUCUUUCACAAGUGUUAUCAGAAUUUUAAUUAAACAUUUAAGAUUAAAAGUGCUUUAAAGUGAACAAAGGACACUAAAUCAUUAGAACUGCCAAUUUAUUCUACCAGGUACACUAAGUGUUUAAGUGGUAAUCUAUUUGGCCACCAUUCUCAUGAAUCUCAUCUAUUACAACUUCACUAAAUGCAAGUGAAAGCAUUUUCCAUUGGAAAUAAAAUAAAUAAAUAAAAAAACACUACAAAUCUGUUAAUAAAUACCAAAGCUCUCUAUGAUAUUAUAUAAUUUUAAAAAGAUGUUUAAUCCUUUUGCUACUUAUUUUGGUAUUACCAAUAUGAUCCCAUAUGUAGUGUUGUUGGUCACUAAAUACUACUGUGCUUGCUCUUGAAAUUUUUGUUAUUUAUCAUUAACACUAUUACUGACAAAAAUGAAUGAUCUAAUUUUCACAAUGCCAGAUGAAAUAACAUGUACAAUAAUGUAUGCCCGGCAUCAUCUUGAUUUAUACGUUUUACAUUUGUUAAAAUCAUCACCUUUACAUAUCAAGUCUCUCAAAGCUUUGCUUUGUAUGUUUCUUAAAAUGUUUGAAUGGUUUAACCCAAUUGCUAUGCAAUAAAGUCUCCACAUUUAAAUAGCUUCACACAUGAUGGUAAAGACUGAGGUAUCCUCUAAAUGUGAAAAACCUUUUCCCUAGAUACAAAACACUGAUUGGGAACUUGUUUAUCAGGUUACUGUGUGCUACAUUUGCUGUAGCAAUAAUUCGUCUACUAUGGUUGGUGAGUUUUGUAAUGAAGCAAUUAAGUGCUUGGACACAAAAAAGCCCAUUAUACAUGCUAAAUAUGUUUAUGCGUGCAUUAUAUUAACAUUGGUUACACUGCACAUUUGCAGAGGUGUUUUUGUCAUAAGUUGUGCGUAUAUUUAUGUGUGGGAAUAAUAAAUGAUGUAUUUUAAUUUCA